AUGAAAGAAGCCAGCGAACGAGAAGUAAGAACUCAGAAGAGACAGCAGCAGCUUCAUCUCACCAGCAAUAGCCAGGCAGCGAUUAAUGCUCAGGCGACACUCAGGUGUCCAUUGAGGCUGUUCAGUACUCAGGUGCACUCAGGCGACCACUCAGGCGACGAAGUAAACAGCGACGAUUACUGCUCUGCUCAGUUCUCAGGCGACCUCUCCGACGGCGAAAAGCAGCUAAAGGAAGUAGACUACUGCUCUGUUACUCACUCGGCAGUCAAUCGAUCUCUCUUAGUCAGUCGAUCAGUUCAACGCUCCACUGCUCCAGAUCUCUGCUGUGGCAAUGAGACGACCAACAUGAAAGAAGCCAGCGAACGAGAAGUAAGAACUCAGAAGAGACAGCAGCAGCUUCAUCUCACCAGCAAUAGCCAGGCAGCGAUUAAUGCUCAGGCGACACUCAGGUGUCCAUUGAGGCUGUUCAGUACUCAGGUGCACUCAGGCGACCACUCAGGCGACGAAGUAAACAGCGACGAUUACUGCUCUGCUCAGUUCUCAGGCGACCUCUCCGACGGCGAAAAGCAGCUAAAGGAAGUAGACUACUGCUCUGUUACUCACUCGGCAGUCAAUCGAUCUCUCUUAGUCAGUCGAUCAGUUCAACGCUCCACUGCUCCAGAUCUCUGCUGUCUGUGA